CAUCCCUAUUCCCAAGUAGACUAAUAAUUCCUCUUUUCUUUCCUAGUCUAUCGAAUUCAAGUCGGACUUCCCAUCUGCUGCUCAGGGAGAGAGGGGUCGGGGGAAAGAUUGGAAAGGGCAAAGAUGAAAGUUGCAGGUCCAUUUGUCGCCAUGGUGAUGGCGGAAUGUGCCCAAGUUGGGCUGAUGAUUGUGAGCAAAGAGGCCAUGUCGCAAGGGAUGAGCAGCUUCAUCUUCGUCCUUUACUCCAACUCCCUCGCCUGUCUUGUCCUCCUUCCAGCCUCUUUAAUCUACCACAGAUCAGGGAGGCCUCCACUUACCUGGUCAAUCAUCAGCGGAUUCUUCGUGCUGGGUCUAUUUGGUUUUCUGGCACAGGCUUUUGGGUAUACUGGGAUUAACCUAAGUUCUCCGACACUAGCCACGGCCAUACUAAACCUUGUCCCCGGCUUUACCUUCAUUCUUGCUGUUACUUUCAGGUUGGAGAAGCUUGAUUGGAAAGCCACUGGCAGCAUAGCUAAAGUUGUGGGAACUGUUGUAUCAAUGGCUGGGGCAUUCACAAUGACAUUUUACAAGGGUACUCACUUAGUACACUCUCCUCCCGGAUUCACUAACCAAUUGCUCUCGCAGCAGUCCGAUUGGGUCCUCGCAGGAUCAUUUCUUGGAAUGGAUUGUGUUGUGACUUCUGCCUUUGUUAUCAUACAGGCAUUGAUCCUCAAGAAAUAUCCAGCGGAGCUGAUUCUGGUAUUUUUCUACUGUUUCUUCGUUGCCAUUCUGUCCAUAAUAGUUUGUCUGGUGGCGGAACGAGACAUCACUGCUUGGACCCUGAAACCUAGCAUAAGAUGGACGGCGGUUCUCUAUUCAGGAAUUUUCGGAUCUGCCUUCCAAGUCGGCAUUGGUACAUGGUGUCUGUGCAGGACCGGGCCAGUUUUCGUUUCAAUGUUCAAACCCAUCGGGAUAGUGAUUGCUGCUGCAGUUGGUGUCAUUUGCUUCGGGGAUACUCUGUACCUCGGCAGUUUGAUUGGAGCUGCUGUGAUUGUUGUUGGGUUCUAUUUGGUGAUAUGGGGCAAAGCUCAAGAAGUAGAUGUAGAUGGAGCUAGGACUGUCAGAGGGACAUCUGAGUCAAGCAGCCAAAAGGCCCCUCUCCUGCCAAGUUAUCAGGAAGAAAACUAGAAGUUAUUUGCAGAAAGCAAGAGAGGAUUCUGUUGGACCAAAGCUUGAUAUUGGAAGGCUUGACCUUCAAUUUGAAGUGUAAAGAAAAAUUAUUUUAUGUGCUUAUUAGUUAUUAUUGCUUGAACUUUCCCAAAGCUAAGCAAUUGAAAUUUCGACUGCCAUUGA